GAUGAUUUUAAAUUGAGCCGACGUUAUGAAAAUUACUUUUGUUCUUGAAUUCAAACAUUUGACAAAAUCUUUAUAUUCAAUCUUUUGGGUUGCUAUCAAUUUGGGACCCCACAAUCUGUGUUCUUCGGAAAGCCUUUUUUUCCUAUAGGGAAUUCGGGAAUCAAACUUGGCUGCUCUUUCGAGGAAUUUCUAUUUCCGUUUCGAUCCUCAGAAAGAAACAAAGUGAGGGGGAAAUUGUUGACGGAAAAGGUAAGCUCGUCUUCAGCUUCCAAUUUCUUCUCCAUGGCUAUUUUCAUGGUGUCGGUUCGAUGCUUUUGCUUCUUCAAUCAGCUGGAAUCCAUUGCUGAUUCUGAGUACUUGAACCUUCCCCAAAUAGUCUGAUAAUUGCGCUCCUGUUCAAAUUUUUUUAGUAGGUAUAUCGCUGAACUUGUUGCUUCUUUGAUUUGUUCGUAGGUCUGGAGGUGAAUUUGAUUGUUUCUGUGAUGAUCCGAUUUUAGCUAUAAUCUCUGGAUUGUGAUUGAAACGUAACUGGAGAAUACUGUUUGACUUCGCUGAGUUGUAUAAUCUAUGAUUUUGCUUUGAGGAGUGAAACAGAGCACUGGAUGAUUCCGGUUUAUUGAAUAGCGAUUUUGAAGUUUGUUUGAAUAAAAUAUCUUGGGGACUGAACUUGUGAAGAUUCAAUUUGAUCGUGUGGUUAUCUGGAAUAUAUGAUUAUUAUGCGAAAUAUGCGAAUUGAAUGAGUUUCACCAAAAGCUGAAGUUUCCAGGUGAGUUGAUCAACCGGAAUUUUUUUGUAUCUUGGUGUUUGAGCUUGAUUUUUAUCGGAAAUGGCGGCCGUAUCACCGGCGCCUAAUUCAUCUCCGUCGCCGGCUUCUCCCUCCACUCCAUCUACUCCGCCGCCCAGUACUCCGUCACCGUUGCCACCGCAACCUCCUUCUCCGCCGCCGCUACAAUCGCCUCCUCCGGAUCCUUCUGGCCCCUCAACUCCUACUCCGUCCCCAUCAGGCCAGUCAUCUCCUCCUCCUCCACCGUCUCGUCAACCAUCUGCUACUUCACCGCCACCUGCUUCUGGAACUCCGCCCCCUGUAACACCCGCAUUGUCUCCUCCGCCGCCUCGGCCUGUUCCGCCGGCAACUCCACCACCAACUCCGUCCAGUGCUCCACCCCCGUUAACACUGGAUCCCAUACCACCAUCAGCAACCCCACCAGUAAGCUCCCCUCCACCAACGUCAUCUAAUCCCCCACCACCAAAUUCACCUCCACCUCCUGUAGCAGAGCCUCCUCAAACCCCUCCUCCACAGUCAUCAAACCCUCCUCAACUCUCAUCUCCGCCACCUCUGCCACCACCACCACAAGAAAACCCCUCGGAUAAUCCAUCGCCGCCGCCCACAGCCCCAGUUGAGAAUCCUCCCCCAACACCACCAUCAGCACCUCCAGAAACUUCACCUCAACCCCCAGCGUCAAUACCUCCUAGAAACUCACCUCCACCUCAAAGGCUCACUUCUCCUCCUCCUCCCAGUGAUCCCCCAGCUUCAAGUCCUCCCAAGCCAUCGCCGCCCGCAUCAAUUUCGCCUCCUCCACCAUCCCUUGUUUCUCCUCCAGUAUCGUCUAAAACCCCAACAUUGCCGCCAGGAAAUCCCACGGAUGAUGGUUCGGGUCCUAAUGGCGGAGUAAACUCGAAUUCGAACAGCAAUGGAGGAAUAAAUACUGGGGGUGUGAUUGCAAUUGGUGUAGUGGCUGGAAUUGUAGUGCUUGCCAUAGUUGGUUUUGUUGUAUGGUACAUCAGGAAGCCAAGAAAAAAUGAUUCUGGUCGUGGGGGUUACAUUAUACCAUCUUCUAUGGGCUCCUCACCCAAGUCAGAAUCCCUUAUGAAGGUCCAUUCCACACUUCACCAAGACAGACAUGGUGGUGGAACAUUCUCUCCAAAAGAGUUUGGUGGGUUGGGCAAUUCAAGGUCAUUCUUUACAUAUGAAGAACUUUUCAAAGCAACAAAUGCAUUUUCUGCUCAGAAUCUUUUGGGAGAAGGUGGAUUUGGUUCUGUUUAUAAAGGAUAUCUACCAGAUGGAAGAGAGGUUGCAGUGAAGGAGCUAAAGAUUGGUGGUGGUCAGGGUGAGCAGGAAUUCAAAGCUGAAGUCGAGAUAAUUGGUCGCGUACACCACCGCCAUUUGGUUUCUCUUGUGGGCUACUGCAUUUCAGAGCAUCAGAGGUUGCUGGUUUAUGAUUAUGUGUGUAACAAUUCCCUUUACUACCAUCUUCAUGUUAAAGGGGACGACCAGCUCGUUCUGGACUGGGCAAGACGCAUUAAGAUUGCAGCUGGGGCAGCCCGGGGAAUAGCUUAUCUUCAUGAAGACUGCCAUCCUCGAAUUAUCCACCGUGAUAUCAAAUCUUCAAACAUUCUUCUAGAUGAAAAUUUUGAAGCUCGGGUUUCAGACUUCGGGCUGGCUAAAUUAGCUCUUGAUGCACAGACUCAUAUAACCACUCGUGUCGUGGGAACUUUCGGAUAUGUUGCCCCUGAAUAUGCAUCGAGUGGGAAGUUAACUGAGAGAUCAGAUGUAUAUUCUUUUGGAGUCGUACUUCUCGAGCUGAUUACUGGUCGAAAGGCCGUUGAUGCAUCCCAACCGAUGGGGGACGAGAGCCUUGUUGAAUGGGGUCGGCCUUUACUAAACCAUGCGCUCCACAGCCAAGAUUUUGAAAGGUUGGUGGACCCAAGGCUUGAAAGGAACUAUGUUGAGAGUGAAAUGUUGAAGAUGAUAGGAAUAGCUGCUGCUUGUGUUCGGCAUGCGUCCGCAAAGAGACCACAGAUGGGACAGGUUGUUCGAGCUUUUGAUAGUUUAGCUGCAACAGAUUUAAGUAAUGGAAUGAGAUUCGGGGAGAGUCAAGCCUUCGACUCCGGUCAAAAGUCUGCUGAGAUAAGGUUUUUCCGAAUGCUGGCAUUUGGAAACCAAGAUUACAGCUCAGACUUUUAUAGCCAAGGUAGCUCAAAUGCCUGAUUGAUCAGGAGAUUUUGUAGAUAUAAUAGAGAGGGAAAACAUCUCAUGACCAGGAAGGCUUUUUCCCAUGUUGACCGAAACUCAGGCUAUGCUUCUGCUCUUGAACAUGGCAGAUUUGCACAAGAGCAAGAAAACAGCACCCUAUCCAAUGUGUACACGUCGAAGAAAGCUUCUAUUUUUUCGACGAUAAACAGUGAAGAUUGAGACUGAUGUUGAGC